UGUACCACUAGUUCCUCAUUAACUUCUCUCUCUCUCUCUCUCUCUCUCUCUCUCUCUCUCUCAAGAUAUAGCAGUCAGAGACAGCAAAAUGGUACAAUCUAAGAAGUUCAGAGGUGUUAGGCAGCGCCACUGGGGCUCAUGGGUCUCUGAGAUUCGUCACCCGUUAUUGAAAAAAAGGGUGUGGCUGGGAACUUUUGGGACUGCUGAAGAGGCAGCGAGAGCCUACGACGAAGCAGCAGUUUUAAUGUGUGGUCAUAAUGCCAAAACGAACUUCCCUGUGGUCACAGAUCAACAAGGCAAUCACAAGUUUUCCUUCUCAUCUUCUCCUGUUCCUCCUUCCACUGCCCCUAUUACUACUCCACUGUCUUCCUCGCUUGGAGCAAAACUCAGCAAAUCUUGGAAAUCUUCAUCUUCUCUCACUUGUCUAAGGCUUGAUAAUGAGACAUGCCGAAUUGGAGUAUGGCAAAAGCGUGCAGGGCCACAUUCUGAUUCGAAUUGGGUUAUGAUUGUUGAGCUUGGAAAGAAGGAUGGACAAGCAUCAGAGUCUAAAUUGCCUGGCUGGCAGACAUGUACGCCAGAGAAAAGGGUAGGGGAAGAAGGUGAUGGUGGUGGUGGCAGUGAUGUAGGUGAGGAAAACAGGGUUUCAUUGCAGAUGAUAGAGGAACUACUCAACUGGAACUAAACUAUAGAUUGCCAUUUGAGGAAUUCUUCACGGGGCUCAAGCGACAUCGGAGCUGAUUAAUUAGCCAGCUUGCCAUAUUAUUCCAUGUGAAAAUUCUGUUCGAUUACAUAGUGUAAUUUGCUUGUUCAAAGUUGGAACCAGUUGCUUUAAGUUCAUGAGUAGUUAGGAGAUAGUAAUAUUGUCUGCAUAUGAUUUUUUUUUUCUU